CCUCUUUCCCAUUGACUUUGAUUGCCACAAAAUUAUCUACGCGUCUCGACCAUGUCAGAAACUUCGUCAGAGCCCACUUCCCCCGCACUCACAGCCUCUACUCCUCCAUCAUCCGCUCCUUCACCCCAGCUCCAGGCCCUAAGCAUCGAAGUCUCAGAUGAAGACAAAGCCGCCGCCGCCGCUUUGAAGACCCAAGCAAACAAGGCUUUCACAUCGCACGAUUUCCCCAACGCUGCGAAACUCUAUUCCGAGGCGAUCGAGAAGAAUCCCAGCGACGCGACAAUAUGGUGUAAUCGGGCCUAUAGUCGGAUGAAGCUAGAAGAAUUUGGAUACGCCCUGACCGAUGCUAGCCAGGCCAUCCAGCUCGACCCGAAAUAUGCCAAGGCAUACUUCCGUCGCGCGACAUGUUAUCUGCAAAUCUUGAAACCCCAGAUGGCUGUCGCGGACUUCCGGAAAGUGCUAGCUCUGGAGCCCAAGAAUGACACGGUCCGCUCGCAAAUGGUCGCUACGCAGAAGCUCGUGAGGAGGAUUGAAUUCGAGAAGGCAGGUUGCUCCGGGCUUGUGAUGCGCUGGGAUGCUGAGGCCCAGAUAACAGGCUAUCGAGGUCGAAGGCGAGAAGGAUGCGCUUUUGAGAUGCCAGGAGAUAAUUGCGGAAGGUGUGCUCGAAUUCAAUCGAAGUCCUCCUCUCGCAAACGAUUCCCAGGCGGUUGCGAAGUGGACAAGUCUUAUACCGGGCCCAAACUGACGUUGACGGAGGGGAAAUACGGUAUCACACAUGGAUUCAUCAAGGAGAUGAUCCAAUGGUUCAAGGACGGCAAAGCGUUGCCCAAGCGAUAUGUUUGGGAAAUCGUGUUCGGUGCACACGACCAUUUCGCCAAGGAGGACAGUUUGGUCAGUGUCGACCUUGCGGAUGGGGUGACUUGCGAUGUUAUCGGGGAUGUACACGGCCAAUUCUACGACAUGCUUCAUUUGUUCUCGUUGACUGGCGAACCUAGUGCUACACACUAUCUACUGAUGAACGGAGAUCUAGUUGACCGAGGUUCUUGGUCUAUUGAGGUCAUCCUAACUGCAUUUGCCUUCAAAUGGUUGUAUCCGAAAUACUUCUACAUCAAUCGCGGAAACCACGAGGCUAAAGAUAUGAACCGCUCAUACGGAUUCGAGGGGGAAGCGAAACACAAACAUGGGGAGCAAAGCUACAAGCUAUUCGCCCACGUUUUCACGACCCUGCCGCUGUCUACAUUAAUCUCUGCAACGAAACCCCCACCAAACAAAACUGGAAACCCCAUCCUUUCUCCUCAGGGCUUCAAGCGAUAUUUUGUCGUGCACGGUGGCCUGUUCAGUAAAGAUGAUGUGACAUUAGAGGAUAUCCGGAAGGUAGACCGUGUGGGACGUCAGCCAGGCCAGGAAGGUCUCAUGUGCGAGUUACUCUGGACGGACCCGCAGAUGCUACCCGGACGAGGUCCCAGCAAACGCGGUGUCGGUAUUGCUUUUGGGCCUGAUGUCACUCGACGAUGGUGCACGCUGAAUGGUGUGACUGGUAUCAUACGCAGCCACGAAGUUCGACAAGAUGGAUAUGAGGUAGAGCAUGAUGGCUUGUGCACUACGGUGUUCUCUGCCCCCAAUUAUGUUGAUCAAGGCGGUAACAAAGGCGCUUUUAUCCGGAUUGACUCGGCUGGGAACCAGAAAUACACGCAAUUCAAUGCCUCGCCGCAUCCUCCAAUGAAGCCGAUGGCGUAUGUGCAAGGUGGAUUAGGCAGUCUUAUGAUGUGAUGCUUAUACAUUUAUGGCCAUAAAUACGUCCUUCGCCCUAUAACUCAAAUCCAGCCGGUCCGCGGUCUUUUCCUGACGUGGCGAACACCGCGGCAAGCGCACUGACACCUCUCUUCCACAUGUCCAGCAGCAUCUCGACACAUUCGACCGUGCUUCGCUUGCAGACCCGCAACCAUCGCGUCAGCGGUAAUUCUGGUGCGGUGCCGUCUGCAAAUGGUGAAGGGGAGCGUUGCUGGCGCAAAUCAGCUGCAUAAACACCACGCAAGAAAGAGCAAACGCACUCGGCUGGUAGGAGAUGCUCCAUCUUUUUCCGCUUGCAGGAUCAGCCUCUCGCUCUCCUCAGCACUAGUCGCCCGCCACAUUUUUCUGAAGCCCUCGACUGCAGACAGACUCUCGCUGAAGCGGUGCAACGUGUUGACCAGCGCGACUACUUCUGACCGCGAGAGCAGAUUGCUGUUCACUUUAGGAUCGAGCGUCUUUUCAUCGAGCUCGAACAGGAUUUUGAGUGCAGUGGCAACUCCUGUGGUCUGAAUCUUGCCCCAGAGUCGGCAUUUGUCGCAUCCGAUGCAAUCCAUGAUCCGGGUAACGUUGCGGAAAUGAGACUUGAAUUCCUCUUUCAAAACCUGUCGGAAGAAUCAAUGCACGAUCUCGACCCAGCGAUGGAAAGACACUGACGUUGGCAUUCUCCCCUCGGAACAACACCGUCUCAUCGAAUUGCCCUGCGUGCUGUGCAAUGCCCACAACAGCUCGGAGCUUCGUAAGCGUCUCGGCGUCGUCUUCGUGCGUCCCCGUCGAGCAGUAGUCAAAGGCUUCGAGGUAGGGUCCUAUGCGUGCCAUAGCACGCAAUAAGAG